AUGAAUUGUAUUAGAUGUUGGAGAAUUAUUCUAGUAACAGUAAUAUAUGUGUCAUCAAUUGUUACUGGUUUAUCCAUUCUUCCAGUUUAUACUAUAGAUAAAGCAUGUUUUGCUGGGUCUGAUUCCAUGAAUGUGAAUGUGAAGAAAACUUUUGAGAUGUGGAGUGGAUCAGAGAUACCGAUUAGCCAAUUACCAGGAGAUACUAAACUUUUUACUGGUUUCAAGUUUCACAGAGUUUUCAGCUUCCAUCAAUUGUUUCGAGGAAAUGGGAAAGCGUUGAAAAUUACCUACUGUAAAGAAGGGAAAGAGGUUUUCCAGACGGAGAAAGAUAUUGCCCAUGAUGGCGAUGAUUGGGAACGUCCUUGGUGUUUCUUUGAAGAUGGGAAUGAGAGUGUGGAGAAUAUUGAAAGUUUUCAUUGUUUAAAGAUUGCAAGGAGGAAAAAGUAUGCAAUAAGGCCCUUUGAUAUUUUUAUUCCUUAUACUUGGAUUGGAGGUCUCUUUUAUUGCAAUAUAUCAGAAAAUGAAAAAAUUUCAAUUCUUACGAAAAAAGGGAAAGAAGAACCUUUUAAGUCUUACAGUGGAUCUCCAAUAUGUACCUUGGAUAACUCCAUCCCUAUCGAACCAUUGUAUGCUUCUCUUACUACCUCUUCCUAUAAUGAAAUUGUUUCUAAAAAACUAGUCCCAUUCAUUACAUUAUUAUCCAAACGUAAGACAAAAACUUACAUUCCAUAUUUACAAUCUCCUAACCUAUGUUCUAAAGAUCUUAAUAUCACUUCAGCUUCUUUUGAAGAAAGUACUAAAGGACCAAAAUCAUUAAACCGUGGGUACAAAGUAGAUACUAAAGAUUUAGUUCUGGAAUGGUAUUCAUUUGGCCAAAACAGUACCAGCUCCAACACCCAAGCUAAAUGGUUUAGAGAAAUUGAAGUAGAUGAGAAGUAUAAAUAUAAUCAAGAAGAUCAUUUUAUGCUCACCCUGGCGACGAACAAACUUCGCAGCAUAAUAACACCUUUUGUAGAGCCCUCGGCUCAAGAUAUUGAAGAGCUUUCUUUUCCUUGGAAAACGAUAAAUAGAAUUAUCGAGACAAAAAUAUGGAAGACCUUUGGCAUCACGGAUAAACUACUAACAUUGAAUGCACAAGAUAUUCUAGAUAAGUGUGAAGCUUUUUUAAAAUUUUGGGACAACUUGCAUUUAGACGAUGAAGAAUUCACUUAUAAAUAUUCUGAUAUUCAAAAGUAA